AUGUUCGAUAAAGGAAAAGAGAAAAAAACUCUCGCUGGAAAUCUUGCCGCAAAUAAGGAUAAGAAGAAGGUCGGAAAUGAAACUCUCAGAGAAACUCCGAGAAGUUUUGGUAGCCGGAGUAAAGAAAAAGACAAGCUUUCUGAUUCGGCGGAAGAAGAAGAAAACAGAGAGAAAGAAGAAGAAGAGAAGAGUUUGGGGUCUGUGAAGGAGGAAGAAGGGAAUUAG